AUGAAAACCAUUCUCUCCUCCGAAACGAUGGACGUCCCCGAAGGGGUUAGCAUCAAGGUGCACGCGAAACUCAUCGAGGUUGAAGGUCCACGUGGGAAACUGGUUCGUGAUUUCAAGCAUUUGAAUCUCGACUUUCAGCACAUUACUGAUGAAAAUGGGAAGAGGAAGUUAUAG